CAAGCUUCCCCGUCCUACAACAUUAUAAGACCCGCAACACAACCACUUCUACAUCACAUCCUACUCCUCAACACACCAAUCACAAUGACAUCCCUCUUCCCACACCCUCAAUACGCAGAAGACCAACCCAAUGCCCACGCCAUCCUCUACCUGCAUGUAAUCCGCGCCUCAGCAAUGUCCUUCUCCUUCCUCUCGCUCCCAUUCACAGGCGCCACUCUUCUCACAUCACGACUCCGCAAACAACCCAUCAACACUCGCACCCUCCUCUCUCGCACUUUGCUCAACUCCGGGCGUGGCUUGAUCGUAGGAACCGUCGCGGGCGCUACGAUGACUUGGGGCCGCAUGCAAGGGCAAGAGGAAGUUGAGUGGCAGGACAGAAGUUGGCGGUUGUUGGAGAACAAGGGCGAGGUUGAUACGGAUUGGGAGACGAUUGGUGCGACGAGUGUUGGUGCGCUGGCUGGUGUAGUUGCGGCGAGGAGAGGGACGGUGCCUGUGAGUCUUGGGCGGGCGGCGCUGGGCGGUGCAGGGCUGGGUCUGGGGAGUGGUGUGCUGUUUAUGGUUGGAACGUUUGUUGCAGGGAGGAAACCAGCGUAG